AAUCAAUGGACGGGAAAGCGUUAUUUUCGAAAGUUGUUUGCUGAGCUCCGCUUUAGUGUUUAUCUUGUUUGUAAAAUAAUAUAUUGAGUAAAAGUUAUCAAAAAGCAAUUAUGGCGCCUCGGGAGACUCCAAAACGUGCGGUAAAAGUACAACCUAUUGUAAAAGCUAUGCCUGCUAAAGGUCGGGCGUCACCAGUUGGGGCGAUAAAAAAGACCACUGUUACGAAAAAGCCUGUGGAUAAAACACCACUUAAAAUAAACAACACAACAACAACAACAGAAGCCAGGGUUACAAGACAACGGACCAGCAUGGCACCAACCCUAGCCACACCGAAACCAAAGGAGAACAAAGCAGUUCCUAUACCGAGCAGUGUUACCAAGAGUGGUAAGAAACCUUCUUGGAAGAGAAGGCCUAAGCCGGCACAUUCCGGAGUUCCUAUUCCUGAGAAGAUGAGGAAACUCAUGGAAAAACAGUUCUUAGACUCGGAAUUUGCUUUAUAAGUUUGAGGUGUACUAUUCAAUGACCUGUGUGUAUGAGUGGACACAGGCACAUCAAGCUAUUCUUAACUUCAAUGAAUUUUUAACUGUACUACAUGAUGGUAGGGUUGAAAAUCUAUUGAAGAUGGUAUUGGAAGUCCUUGAUGUGUCCGUGUCAGUAGAAAAUCAGGCAAACAUGCACCUUGUGUUCAUAGCCACAAAUCUUACUUCAAUUUUUAGUGUUUAUAUUUAGAUUUUAUUAGUAUUUAGUUUCUUGACAUUUGGAUUAGGUACUUUUAAUAUUUUCAAUGUGUAUAUUGUUAGGAUUGUAUUGUUUGUAAUUUGGUGUAGUUAGUAUACAAUUAAUUGCAUUUUUUUAUCCUUUUUUUGACAAUUUUGACUUGAUUUGAGACUUGUAAAAAUCCUGAAGUUUUUACUGAUAUUGAACAAUCCUGGAUGUCAUAAUUUUAUUAUGGAAAUUUAUGUCAUAUUUUUAUUAUUACUUAAAUAAACGAAGACAAAAUAGAAUAAUGUUAAUGAUCAUAGGUACAAUAGAUAGAGCUUCCAUAUAUUUCUAACUUUAUUGUUAAAACAUGCUGCCAUAAGUAAACAUUUUAAAAUAAUGUUAAGUUGUAAUGCUAAAAUUGUAGUGUUGUUUUAUGUCCUAUUAAUAAUGUUGUAUUAUUAAUAAUAGAGACAAAAUAAUAACAUAAGUUACUCUAUAGAUAGAUUUGAAAUCUCUUUUCAAAUUAAGCGCUUGAUUUAGAGCCAAAUUUAGAUUUUAAUACUUAAAUACUGUUAAGGAAAGUGAAUUGAUGUGAUAAUUGAAAAUACAUACUUUUGGACCAAUGUCUUACAAAAACAUGUUGAUUUACUACAAGAAGUUGUAAAACUUAUAUAUAUUGCAUUUUAAGCUUUAUUGAUGGAGACGUAAGAGUGUAAACUAAACAGUACAAAAUUCAUAAUAGUUACUAGUUAGCCUACUGCAUUAGUGUGUCGACUUUGAGCUUUAAUAACAUACUAAUUAAAUUCAUUAUAAAUAAAUAUGUUUAUUCAUUUCAGACUAAAUUUUGUGCAUAUAUUGUUAUUAUAUAAACACAAGAAGAAUCAAAAUAGUAUUUCCUCUCCAUAGUAUGUAUAAUACUUUGAACUCCAAUGACUUAGUAAUAAAGGUUAUUAUACAAUUCUAUUAUUACACCAGUUUAUCCCACUGAUUCUGCUAUAGUUAUGUACCUGUCUAGUGUCUAUGUUAUUACAAUUACAUUAAUUAUUGUAUGCUGAAGUAAACCUGAUGGUAAUACAAAAUAUUAUCUUUUAUACAUGUUGUUUUUAUCAGAAAAGUUAUUUGGUUCCAUUACUACUUCUCGUCUUAUUCUCUUAAGAGCUGGCUGACAGUGGUUUCUGAUACAUGAAGUUGAACCUUUUGAACUAUGAUCUUCAUCCCAGCUAUGGUGCGUACCAAGUAUGAAGAUUAUUGCAAAUCUUAUGUAGAGGAGGAUAAUCUACGAUUGGUAACUGCUAGUAUUAACGUAGAGUGGUUGUUAGUCUGCCUAGGCGUGAGUGUAGCCACGGUGGGGCAGAGUGGGGCACUCUUGGGGUAACCUAGAGCAGAUUAAGAGUGUUU